AUGAUGAUGAUGAUGAUGAUGAUGAUGGCACUCAACUCUACCAGCUGGGUCAAAUCUCAACCCCCUCACUCCUUCUCUUCCUGUUCUUACUUCUCAUCAUUAACAGAUGUGGGCUUCCCUGCAAGGUCUAAGGAGAAGCCCAUUAGGAAGGUGGUGAAUUGUGCUCCACAUUCUCCCCCAGUGAUCCAUUUCCCAAAACCCUUAAACAAACCCAAAAUUACGAAAGAAGCCACCACCUCCACCGUGACGACGGACUCUUCCAAAAGGCCUGAGUGGAACCCAUUCCAGAAAACUGCAGCAGUGGUCUUCGACAUGUUCGAGACCGCCUUGCUUUCCCGCGAGCUCCAACAACCUCUCCCCAAAACCACGGACCCACAUGUCCAAAUAGCCGGAAACUUCGCUCCUGUUCCCGAACACCCCGUCCAACAUUCCCUACCCAUCAUCGGCACCAUCCCCAAGGAUGUUAAUGGCGUCUAUCUUCGUAACGGUGCCAACCCAUUGUUCCAGCCUAAAUCCGGACACCACUUUUUCGACGGUGAUGGCAUGGUCCACGCCGUUAAAAUCAAUGACGGCACCGCAAGCUACGCUUGCCGCUUCACUGAAACGCAGAGGCUCAUGCAAGAACGCCAAUUGGGAAAACCCGUGUUCCCCAAAGCAAUCGGCCAACUCCAUGGUUAUACCGGCAUCGCCAGGCUUCUCCUCUUUUACGCCCGAGGUUUGUGCGGCAUCGUUGACCACCGUUGUGGCGCCGGCGCCGCCAAUGCUGGCCUCGUUUUCUUUAACGGAAAACUCCUCGCCAUGUCCGAAGACGACCUCCCAUACGAGCUCCGAAUCACUGCCUCAGGCGACCUUCAAACAAUAGGUCGUUACAGCUUCAAUGACCAACUCGAUUCUUCUAUGAUCGCGCAUCCUAAAAUUGAUCCUAUUUCCGGUGAGCUUUUCUCCCUAAGCUACGACAUUACCAGCCCCUGCCUCAAGUACUUUAACUUCUCGCCGGAGGAGGUGAAGUCACCGGAUGUCCAAAUUCUCCUGGAUAUUCCAACAAUGACGCAUGACUUUGCGAUCACGGAGAAUUUCGUGGUGAUCCCUGACCAGCAAGUGGUGUUCAACCUUGGCAAAAUGUUCAAAGGAGGCUCGCCCGUGAUGUACGACUGCAAGAAGAAAUCACGGUUCGGCGUUCUCCCAAAAUACGCCUCGGAUCCAUCGAGCAUAGUGUGGGUGGAAUCGCCGAACACUUUUUGCUUCCACCUCUGUAACGCAUGGGAGGAAGGAGACACAGACGAAGUGGUGAUAAUCGGUCCAUGCAUGACGCCACCGGAUUCAGUUUUCAACGAUUGCGAGGAAAGUCUAAAAACCAUCUUAACCGAAAUAAGGCUGAACCUGAGAACAGGUGCGUCGACUCGCCGCGAUUUGGUUCCGAACAUGAACCUGGAGGUCGGAAUGGUGAACCGGAACCGGCUCGGGAGGAAAACCCAGUUCGUGUAUCUGGGCAUUGCUGAACCGUGGCCAAAGGUGUCUGGUUUGGCGAAGGUGGACCUGGUGAGUGGGGAGGUGAGGAAACACCAGUAUGGGGACAGGAGGUACGGUGGAGAGCCAUUCUUUUUGCCCACACGUGGAGGAAGCGAAGACGAAGGGUUCAUUAUGGCUUUGGUGCAUGACGAGGUAACGUGGCAGUCUGAGUUGCAGAUUUUGAAUGGUGUGGACCUGAAGUUGGAGGCAACAGUGAUGCUGCCAAACCGAGUUCCUUACGGUUUUCAUGGGACCUUCGUAGAGGCUAAGGAUUUGGCAGUGCAAUCCAUGGAUUGA